AUGUCGAGCUCCUCAUUUAUAAAUGCGCUGCGUAGAUUUCUGUCACUUCGUGGUCCUGUGAAAAUAAUACGAUCUGAGCGCGGCAUCAAUUUCAUUGGAGCUGCUGGGGAAAUGAAGGUGAACACCAUUAAAGUGGAAGAAGGACCAAUUCAACAGUUCCUAGACAAAUCUUGCAUCACCUGGAUUUUCAAUGUACCACAUUCCUCCCAUAUGGGUGGAGUCUGGGAGCGAGUUAUUGGAAUGACAAGGAAAAUCCUCAACUCGAUGCUCUUAGAAUCCUGUGGAAAACUUCUAACACACGAGACCCUAGCAACGUUCUUAUGUGAAGUUUGUGCCAUCAUAAACUCUCGUCCUAUCGCACCAAUAUCUUCAGAUCCAGAUGAACCGAUGGUUUUUACUCCAUCUAUGAUUCUCACUGGAAAAGUUGAUUUCCUUCCAGUUGUGUCCGAUUCACUUAGUCAACAAGAUGUUUUUCGAGCACAGUGGAAACGCGUACAAGUACUAGCAAACAUUUUUUGGAAUCAGUGGCGUAAACAGUAUCUUGCUAUUCUACAGAGCAGACGCAAGUGGAAAUGCAGAACAAGAAACAUUAAAAUAAACGAUGUGGUACUGUUAAAAGAUUCUGCUGAAAACCGAAUCAACUGGCCAAUGGGUAUUAUCGAUCGUGUAUUUCCGAGUGAUGACGGAAUGGUGAGAAAGGUUGUUGUGCGAACAAUUCGAGCCUGCAAACCAACAUUCUACAUCAGACCCAUUCAUGAACUUGUGUUGUUGAUUGACAGUGAACAGUGA